UAUAAAUCGAGCCCGCUUCUCCUCUCCCGCACUCACUCACUCAGCCGAGCAACGCUGGAACCGCUCCGCGAAACGGUGCGCACCUAACAACUCAUCCUCGCCGAGUUGGAGGGCCACACUUGGAGCAGAAAAACACGAGCUAUCCAGCGGACGAACAAAGAGACAAGAUGUCCAGCUACGUGUCCUCGGAGUGCCGCCGCGUCAGCCCCUCAGUCCACGGCAACAAGUUUGACACGGCGCACCGAAAGAAGGCCGUGGCCAACAUUUUUGAAAACGUCAACCAGGACGCGCUGAUGAGACUCUUCCAGAAAACGGGCGACAUGAAGGCGGAGGAGAGAGUGAGAAGCAUCUUCUCCUACACACAGGACCCGGAGGAGACGGCCCGGUCCCUGAUGGCGCUCAAACAGCGAAAGAAGGACAAGUUCCUCCAGAUUGCAGGGAUGAUCCGGCAGCUGCUCAAACUGCGUUGACCGCAUCUCUCGCUGCCCGUGUCUCUCUGUGGGCUCAUGUGAGAGCCGAAUGUGAAAACACUCCCAGUAUGACUGGGUUACCGCCGCAGGUGCAGCUCACCUGUCGCCUGGAAUGGAGCGGUGAGGUGCGGUGUAGAAUGUGAAGCCGUUCGCCUGGAGGGCACCACAGCGGAGUCGCCUCCUGGAUGGAGGUGACGGCGGAGAGUCGUGCCCGGAGCGGACAGAGCAGCAUGAACUGCCUGGGAAUAAGAAGGGCAAACACGUCUUCCUCGAGACUUGAAUUCCUGAAUGCAUCCGUGUGGAUGUGACUGUGAAGCAGCACCUUGUACAGGUGGAGCCUCCAUCACUGCGUUGAUGAUGGUGCAAAGCUGCAAUAUGAGACUUUAUAGUGCCCAAGAAGCUGCCUGAAUGCCUGUCUGUCCUGAACACAUGCCUUGUUUGUCAGCCUCACUUUGUUAUAUGAACACUACUCAUUAGUGGCCACUAAUGUGUUAUUGUCACAAACUGUUCGAACACAAUGAUGAUUUGAGUUGAUGAUCCUUUCUUUGUCUUUUUUAAUAAAUUAUUACCUUAUAUAAAAGAUGAA